AUGGUCUACUCUCGCCUCCAAGAAUACCAGGUCGUUGGCCGUCUGUUGCCCACCGAGGCCAACCCCACCCCCAAGCUCUACCGCAUGCGCGUCUUCGCUCCCAACGAGGUCGUCGCCAAGAGCAGAUUCUGGUACUUCUUGUCUCAGCUGAGAAAGGUCAAGAAGGCAAACGGCGAGAUCGUCACCCUCAACCAGAUUCAUGAGAAGCGCCCCCAGAAGGUCAAGAACUUCGGUAUCUGGAUCCGUUACGACUCUCGCUCUGGUACCCACAACAUGUACAAGGAGUACCGCGAGAUGUCUCGCUGCGAGGCCGUCGAUGCCCUCUACCAGGACAUGGCCGCCCGCCACCGUGCCCGCUUCCGAUCGAUCCACAUCAUCAAGGUCGUCGAGGUCGAGAAGGCCGAGGACAUCCGCCGCCCCUACAUCAAGCAGCUCCUUACCAAGAACCUCAAGUUCCCCCUUCCCCACCGCAUCCCCAAGACCGCUGGCAAGAAGAUCUUCGCUGCCCACCGCCCUGCCACCUUCUUCUAA